UCAACUCCCCUCCCCUCCCCUCCCCACUUCUACACUCUCACAUCCCAAAACCCCAGAGACCCGAAUCCGAUCCACCCAAAAUGCCGCCCAAAUCCGAGCCACCAAACCCAACCGCCGCCGCCGCCCACUCCGACCACUCCUCCGCCUCCAUCGACCCAAUCUUCCACCUCCUCCAGAUCCUCCCCUACACCUUCCUCCGACCUCCUCGCCUCCGCCUCAAGCUCCCAUCCCUCACCCUCCCUUCCCCCAUGACCGUCUUCGCCCUCGUCCUCCUCACCUACUUCAUGGUCGUCUCCGGCUUCGUCUACGACGUCAUCGUCGAGCCCCCCGGCAUCGGCUCCACCCAGGACCCCCGCACCGGCGCUGUUCGUCCCGUCGUCUUCCUCCCCGGCCGGGUCAACGGGCAGUACAUCAUCGAGGGGCUGUCGUCCGGGUUCAUGUUCGUUCUCGGCGGCGUCGGAAUUGUGUUGAUGGAUUUGGCGUUGGAUAAGAACAGGGCUAAGAGUGUGAAGGUCUCGUAUGCCACGGCUGGGAUCUCGUCUGUUGUUCUUGCCUAUGUUAUGAGUAUGCUCUUUAUUCGCAUCAAGAUCCCUGGCUAUCUUCACUAGCUACUUUUCUGUUUUGUCUUACUGAUUCUGGAACUUGUUUUCGGCUCAAAUUAGAUAUGCUUAAGUUAUGCUAUAUAAUUAGACUCUGAUGAUCAUGUUAUUGCUUGAUAUGAGUGUGAGAAUAUCACAUUCAUUUGUGGUCAUCUGAGAUUCCAAGACCUUGUAGUUUGGUAUUGAGACUUGACAAUUAUGGUCUAGGACGCGAGAUGCGUAUUUGAAAAUGUGAUUUUUUGGUUGUA